AUGGAACACAAUAGCCAGCCGGAAAAAACCCCUACUGUAUCAUCCACCCUUCUGCAUGUGACCGACCCUUUUGAGGCUUCAGGAUCGUCGCCGGCACCUGCCUCAUCUAGCAAGGCAACGGCCUCCAAGCCUCGCAAGCGCUUUGUGGGCAAAAAAUCAGUCUCAGGCUCGUCUAGCAGCGGCAAUCAACCUUCUUCUUCUAGAUCAGUACCCCAUUCUUCUGUGCCACAGGAGAUACUCCACGAUCCGGCGCUUAAUGCAGCCAUCGCACAGAAUCUUCCUGCGAAUUAUGAAUUUGAAGUGCACAAGACGAUCUGGAACAUUAAGAAGUGGAAUUCGAAGAUGGUUGGGCUUCAGAUGCCGGAGGGACUGUUGAU